UAAUAAUGGAGAAGCCAAUAUUUACAUUAAAAUUGGUGGUACUCGCUUCGUAAUUAUGUGUAAAGAUUGGAAAAGAGCCAUAGAUAAACUUACAAGUAAACUUCUCAAAUUGCAGAAUUCUUCUGAUCCAUUUAGUUCAUCACUUAUUCCACUUGCACAAUCUUCAAGAGUUUAUGGCAAGUAA